AUAAAUCAUCGGAAUACCGACAAGAUUGUGCGAAAGGUGGUCCUUACGCUGUAUAAGUAUGCAACAACCACAACAACAACAAAACUAGGUUGUGCGAACAUUUACUUGACAAAAUUGUUACGUCUGUUACUUGAAGCACUGUGGGUACAAAUACCGACACGACAACCCUAUUAGAAAUUUCUCGGGAGUCAAGGAGAAUCGCACAACCAGAAAUGAUAUUCUUGCUUACAUUUUAUUAUAAUGACAUUGUUGUAAUAUAACUUUCCGAAGCGUAUGGCCAACUUGGAUAGUAAACGCUUUGGCAGCAGCAGCACAAUGGACCGUAGUAAUCCUUUUAAUGAUAGUGACGAAACGUUUAUGAAAAAACAUGGUUAUGUUUUGGGUGCGACGCUUGGUAAAGGCAGUUAUGCGAAAGUGAAGUCGGCUAUGAAGGAUAGAGAUCGAAAGAAAGUUGCCGUCAAAAUUAUGGAUAGAAGGAAGGCGGCAAACGAAUUUCGGGAAAAAUUUCUUCCACGAGAAAUCGCCAUCGCACCGGAUUUGAAGCACCCAAAUGUGGUGGAAACAUAUGCUGUAUACCAGAACAAAGAUAAAAUUUACAUGGUAAUGGAACUGGCCAGCGGAGGCGACAUGCUGCGUUAUGUGCGAGCCAGAGGCGCACUAAAUGAGCAGGCUGCAAAACGGUUUUAUGGUCAAAUGUGCAGUGCGUUGGAAUUUCUCCAUUCUCGGAACGUCUGCCACAGAGACCUCAAAUGCGAAAAUCUUCUGUUAGAUGGAGAAUCUAACAUAAAAUUGUCAGAUUUCGGAUUUGCUCGGACCUUCAAGACAGAGAAGGACCAGAGUAGUACGUUCUGCGGAUCGGCUGCGUACGCGGCUCCCGAAGUUCUACAGGCGAAACCGUACGACGCCCGAGCCUACGAUGUAUGGAGUAGUGGUGUGAUUUUAUUCAUCUUUGUCUGUGGAUUUAUGCCAUUUGACGAUACUAGCAUCAGGGAACUAAUCAGGCAACAGAAUGAGAAGCUAAAAUUUCCUCGAGGAUCGAAUAUCAGCCGAGAAUGUCGGAAUAUUAUUCGCCAAAUUUUGAGUGUUGACCCGAGGAAGCGGCUGAAACUGUCGCAGAUCCGAGAAUCGGAAUGGAUGAGUCGUGAUUUUGCUCCAAGUAGCUUGCCAGAUGAAUCAGAGGAAUGCGCACCAGCAGCCGGAAAAUGCAACCCAUUGCAUGGCACGGAUGAUGUCCCACCUGGUGACAACACCGAUAUCAAAAGAGAAAAAGAAAAUGCAAUGGGGGGUCACGUUUCUGGAUCAGGUGAAAAGAAAACACAUGAACUGAACAGCUUUCAAGCAGCUAGCCACACUGCACGACCGUAAACCGUUUAUCCUGUGAUACUUCUAAGUACUUAGAUUCUGUCUAAAAUUGAUUUUCGCGUCGUAAGUUUAUUGAGCUUGUAUUCCGUAGAGCUACUAAAAGUAUCACUGCGUCUUAAAUGUUUGAGCAUUGUGGGUUGGUAUUGUUGGCUACGCUGGGUUUGCAACUGGGCUUGCUUGAACAACGUUACACCGUUGCAGGUUUCUAAAAAUUGCCAUUAAGUUCUGUGAAAUAAAGCGCAAUCUAGC